AUGCAUUAUACAAUAUUUCUGCGUAAAUGUCCUACGGCACCAGUAUUUGCUUUCAUACAAAGUUCAUCAAUCUCAAAAACAAUGUCCAUCAAUGGUAAAUAUAAUUUACUAACAGAUGGAAUUGACAAUAGUACUGUAUUAACUGGAGCAUAUGUACCAAUGAUGUGCAAUAAAGGAUAUGUACAUGCAGGUGGCCAGCUUAAUAUAACAUGUACUGAUAAUGCAUGGACUACGUUUCCCACCUGUGUUGCGAUCACUGUUCACGAUUCACUCAUGAUUGCUUCUUCACCUGCAUCUAAUGCUUUACCUUGCACAAUCGAUGUUACAACAUUUAACAUUACCAAUGGAUAUUCUUCUAAUGCAUCAUUAUCAUCUGUAUCGAGUAACGCAGUGACUGGAUGGAUUCAGUUUGCAUGCAUGCCUGGCUAUGCACUAGAUUCAACGGUUGGUGCAUUAUAUACUUGUAACAAUGGUGUUUGGUCUACUAAACCACGAUGCUUAAUAACUGGUCGAUGUUCAUUUUCUGCAUUGCAAGACUUUAUAAUGAAUGCAACUGGUUUACAAACUACCGGUCAAAGUCAAUUGAUGCAAGCUUCACAAGAAACAAGCUUAGUUCUUGACGGUUCUUAUAUUGUAGUCGCUUGUGGGAAUGGUUACACAAAUAUGGGUGGUAGCUUAAAUAUAACAUGUUCUGCAAGUGGUUCAUGGAGUCCUUUUCCUCGUUGUGUUUUGAAUAGUGGCAGUGGUUCUGAGACUACUCCUAUGGUACCUUCAGGUAAUGCUUGUGUAGUAGAUGCAACAACACUUAACACUACCAAUGGAUAUUAUUCUAACAUAUCACUUUCAUAUACGUCAAAUACUACAGCGACUGGAUGGAUUCAGUUCGCAUGCAUGCCUGGCUAUACACUUGAUCCAAUGAUCGGUGCAUUAUAUACCUGUAAUAAUGGUGUCUGGUCCGCUAAACCACGAUGUUUAACUACUGGUCGGUGUUCAUUUUCUGCAUUGCAAAACUUCAUGAACAGUAAUACUGGUUUACAAACUACCGGUCAAAGUCAAUUGAUGCAGGUUCCACAAGAAACAAACGUCGUGCUUAGUGGUUCUUAUAUUGUCGUGGUAUGUAUGAAUGGUUACACGAAUAUUGGUGGUAGUUUAAAUAUAACAUGUUCUGCAAGUGGUUCAUGGAGUCCAUUUCCUAAUUGUGUUUUGAAUGGUGGUAGUGGUUCUCAGACUACUCCUAUGGUACCUUCAGGUAAUGCUUGUAUAGUAGAUACAACAACAUUGACACUUACCAAUGGAUAUUCUUCUAAUGCAUCAUUAUCAUCUGCAUCGAGUAACACAGCGACUGGUAACUAG